AUGGGAAACCCACAGAAUCAGCACUCCACGAUACAGUAUGCGCUGCCGAACGACUGCCUUGAACAAAGCACAGACAGAGAAGACAACCGGCCAAGCGGAAGUAUAGAUGACUCGUCUUCAUGUACUCACACAAAGACUCCGAAUUCCUCGCUCUACGCCUCGUUGCCCCCAGGCCACAUUCGCGUUCUGCGGCUGCAGCCAGCUCGCUCAUUAACGGCCGCUCUUGUUGGUACUCUCGAGGUCGUCCAACUUGCAGGCGAAGUCCAAUACGAAGCUCUUUCUUAUACUUGGGGCACGACAUUCGGCGAGACUGUCGAGGACUCAACGGCUAGGCAUAAGGCAAAGCAUGACCGCGCCUUCUUGACACAGCCUUCUGAGCCCGGCAAGAUAGGCUUGCAUGGACUCACUAUUUCUACAACUGCCAAUUUGGGACUCGCACUCAGACGAUUACGGCAGCCCGACGAGGUUCGAGUCCUUUGGAUCGAUGCUAUAUGUAUCAAUCAAGACGAUCUCUCCGAGCGUUCAGCUCAGGUGGUACAGAUGGCGGAGAUCUUCACACGCGCAAGCCGAGUCGUCGUCUGGAUCGGCGAGGACUCUAUAUACCGUGAUGGACAAGCCUUCUUCCGAUGCUGUCGCAAAUAUGAGAUGAUCAUGAAAUCAAGAUGGAGUAGAACUUGGCGAAAAUCUGCUUUGAGGGUUACAUCGACGACCUGGAAAGUGAUUAAUCACAACUUCCAUGAGAACAUGCCUCAUUUGCUGGAUUCUGUGGUCACAUUCGGUAUCAAUCAAGAUCACAGGGCGCCGUUGUUGUCGUGGAGGCCCAAAUAUCAGAAUGAGCUGCUCGACUUAUUCAUGUCGAGACGUUAUUUUACCCGCCGAUGGUGUGUGCAGGAGGUGGCUUUCGCCACAAAUGCCACAGUGCAAUGCGGUGCGUUGGAGCUUCCUUGGCCAACAUUCAGCGCUGUUGCUGGCGGGGUCAACAGACUUCGCUAUACCACGCUCUCAGCACUCACCGAGCUUACGGACUUUUCCAAGGACGCAGCCUCUCUACUCAUCAGGUUCUCGGGCCAUCAAUGCGCAGACGAUCGUGAUCGCAUUUACGCCAUCGCCAAACUGCUCCAGCUUUGCGAGGACUGUCCACCGUUUGUGAUAGACUAUGGACUGGAUUGGCCAACGGUGUGUACUCAUUUCGCCCGAGACUACGUCAUGCUAAAUGGAUACACUGCAGCGUGGAACAUUCUCAAAUUGGCCCAAAAGCGAUGCGACCCUUGGCCGGAAGACGUUCGACUGCCCGAUUGGGUGCCUAGCUGGGUGCCUAGUUGGGCCUACAGUCUUCAAUUCUACUCCAGUGGCAUCAGUCGUACCGAUGCUGUAUCAUCUGAGCAACAGUGUCGCGCAGCUGGCCGCAAUCUCGCAGUGACUUGUGACGAUCAUAAGAUGGAAAUUGAUCUUCUGUAUCGUGGCCGAGUAGGCGGGUACGCCGACGAGCAAAACCAGCUCACGAGCGAUGACUGUGGCUACGGGCUACCGCCGGAGUACCGGAGUAUAAUUGAAAGCCCUGAAAACAUGAUUUUGGUGUUCAGACGUUGUGUUGAGCAGCCUAUGGUUUUCCAGAUCAAAGGCUAUGUUCGAGAAGGGCAGUGGGAGUCGUUUUGCGACAUUGGGGAAGAAGAAAUGCACAGUAUCACCAUCGUCUAA